AAAAUAUUUUAUAAAUUUCAAAAAAAAAAAAAAAAAACAAAGAUCAACAAUAUUUUGUUAGCAACAUAAAAUUAAUUAAAAGCAACUUGUCAAUGAAAUUGAAAUUUUGAUUUAAGAAUUAUUCGUGGUGUAUGCAGACAAGUGAAUUUAUAAAUAUUAUCAAUAAUAACAACUAAUAAUAAAAAAAUACAUAAAACCGUUACUAUUUAAUAUAAGCUAAUGUCUAAACAAGGAUCAAUCAAAAAAAAUUACAGCGAACAUAGUGGUGAACCUGGCUGUGCCACUGCGGGUGAAGUUAAAAAAUUCUUUAGACAUUUCUGGGAUCCCACAUCGUAUUGGGAAUGCGAAGAACAAGGCAAACCAGCCGCCCUAAGACGUUGCGGUGCCUCUGAAUUAUAUUCGGACAAACAUGGCAAAUGUGUUCAUUACAGAGAAUGGGAAUGGACCGAACCCAUAGAGCCACCAAGUCGUCCAAAAACUCAAUAAUAUAAUAAUUUAGUUAAAUGAUUGUUUAAUAUACUAUUUAGCAAAAAAUAAUAAAUAAAUAAAACUACAUA